CCCCGUUAGCCGGGAUAGGGGGGACAGGGCGCGGCCUGACCAGACUCCACCCUCCCUUGUUUACCCACGCCGCGCUCCGAGCAAACACAACGGGACAACGCGAUGUUUGCUCGCCACAAGGGCGGGCCAGAGAUGAGAAGAAGCGACGUCCGUGCCAGGUGAGCAGUCAUACGUUACCUGGCGGCGCGUACCUGUACCUGUGCUUCCCGCCACGCCAAGCGUGACAGGUGUUACGGUGUCACCGUUACACACAGAUACUGGUGCAGUCUGUACCCCCCUCCCCUCUCACGGGACAUAACAUUCAACAUCUGCGCCGACAAACUACAGAAAACGGUGUCACACCUGUAAUCUCUAAGUGCUCUACGGUUCGUUGACAUCACGUCCAUCGGAAGCGACUCACCUUCAGCAAACAUGGCGACAGUAAGGAGAAUCUGUUUAUCCAUCCUGACCGCGUUCCUACUGAUGACAUCAUUCCCGUUCUGUAACGCCCAAACCUGUCCUACACCAUGUCAAUGUACCAACACAUACGUCUUCUGCACGGAGAACCAACUAACCGACGUACCGACAGGCAUUCCUUCAGACACCGUGCGCCUGUUCUUAGAAAACAACGAGAUACAAACUUUGAGUCCCACAUCUUUCUUAAACCUCGGUCUCUUGGAAUGGCUGACUCUCACAAACAACCCCAUCGACACCAUCCUACCAAACACGUUUCUAAAAUUGGAGAACUUGACCAACUUGUACUUGACCGAGAAUAACCUGACCGCCGUUACGGGGAACAUGUUUCGCGGUAUGGUGAAACUAACACAACUGCACCUCUAUAGGAACCAGAUUGGAUCACUACAACAGGGAUCUUUCGCUGGGAUCACGGAAGUUGAGGAACUGUACUUGUAUGAGAACGCGAUCACAACGUUAGGGGAUUUUAUCUUCGAUGAUCUACGAUCGCUGACUAAGCUGUAUCUCCAGGAUAACUUGAUUAGCACGAUAACAAGUAACGCGUUCGUUGGACUGACAUCCCUCACGGAGCUUCGUCUGGAAGACAACCUGCUGCGGACCAUUCCUGCCGCCUUGCGAGAGUUGAGCGCACUGCAGGAGCUCUACUUGAACGGGAACCAGGUGCUGAGGAUCACAGAGAAUGCGUUUCCAGGGCUCACCUCCCUAACGAUUCUCACUCUAUACGGUAACGAUUUAGAAACGAUCGAUACUAACGGAUUCAGUGGUUUAUCCGGGCUACAAAAUCUGGAGCUACAAAACAACGAGAUUGUCGCAUUGGGUGAUUUCAGUCUAAACGGCAUGACGAGUUUGCAGACUUUGAACUUGGCCGCCAACAACAUCACAUCCGUCGGACAGUACGCCUUUUCAAGUCUGGCUGCGGUGGAAGAAAUCAACCUCAGUAACAACACUAUCACGGAGAUGCCUUACAACGUUUUGAAGCAGCUUCUACAGCUUAACACGCUCAGACUUCGCUUCAACUCCUUGAAGAUGCUGCCGAUUGAAGGAUUUGAGGUUCUUGGAGACAUCCCAAAUCUUGAGAUGACGAAUAACCCUUGGGAGUGUGAUUGUAGCAUGCAGGCGGCAUCCCUAUGGUUAAGGCUCAACACAGCGUCCACCAUCAAGAAUCAGAUCGUUUGCGCAGCACCAGAAAACUUGAGAGGGCGCGUUUUGGACGAUGUGGUGUUGGAGAGGCUUCUGUGCACGGAACCGUCUGUCCAGUUCUACGGGGACGAUAUCUUACCGGGUUCUGGCGGGAUUCUGUCACUCCAGUGUACGGCCGAAGGCUUCCCCGUCCCCGAGAUCACCGUCACGACGGCCCGCGGCGAGAACGUCACCGUCGAGUCGUCGUCUGAAGACGUCACUUUGCGUAGCGACGGCGCUGUGGUCGUUUUCAACGUGAGUGAAGAAGACGCUGGUUCGUACGUCUGCAUGGCGUCGAACGCCGCCGGGUUUGCCUUCGCUACCUGGACUGUCGCUCCCAACGUCACCAACGACACGACGUCGGUCACAUGCUCCUCAGGAACGUCGGGGGACGCGAUCGUCCUGACAGUUACAGAAUUCACGCUAAUCGUCAUCGCUUCGUUUCUCUCUGCCUUGCUCAUCGCUGCUCUCGUGUUCUGCUUCUGCCGUUUCAACAAGCCUCGAGACAGGUCGAGGUCUACGGUCAACUCUCGGCCUAGGAAGCCCAGCCCAGGCAGCGAGUUGCCCCAGAACACGUACAUGCGCAGUUACGCACUCAACUCAACUCUCCCAGCUCCCACCAUCCACACAGAUCACGUGGGCGCCCCGCCCUUGAGUUCAAAGGAAGCAGCCAACUCAUCAGACACAGGUAGUAUCGACCAUCCGAGCAUGCGCGGUAGCCAGAUCAUCAACUACCACACCCACAACAACCCCGCCUACCAUAGCGACUAUUUCGACUCGCUGGACAGUCGUCGAGCGUUCAAACCCAUCGCCGUUAACGGGCGGUUCGGAGAACAACCGCUAGUCGGCAGCACUAUGAGAUUAUCGGACGCAGGAGACCCACAAAACUCCUACCUGGCUACGCAUGUAUAGCGAAAAACUGGUGGGAGAAAAGUCCCAUUUUAACGCCGCGUAGGGAAUUUAAAGUAAUUCCAGACUUUGCGGAGAUACGGGUUAUGCGACGGCAAAAAAAAAAGAUAGGAGAGGUGAAAUCAAACAGGAGUGGAACGAAAAAUUAAGGCAGUAAGAUGCAAGGACUUUUUGUAUCAACUUAUUGUAUCAACAUACAAAGACUAAUCGUAACUUGAAACUGACCAAUCAAAAUAGAAAUCAUAGGUCUUUGCUUUCAGAGAGAUUGAUUAAACUAACCAAUAAGAACAAGUGAUACAAGCGCACUUGAAAAACUAUACUAGAACUGUACAGUAGUGUCGACGUAUAAAGCGCUGAUCGGAGACUUUCUGAAUGCUAGUCUCGUUCAUAGACACUUGUGCUCUCAUCUAUACUCUACAAAGUGGUAGUCUCGCUCGUCAGGCAUUGUUCUGGGCACUUCAAGAAUAUAUCCUCGGAAGGCAUAUGUUUGCUACCAAGGCCGGACGAACGUUUCUAAGGAAGGCUGAAACAAGUGUAACCAAUUGUGUAAGUGUACACAAUGUAUGGUCCUUAGAAUUAGUAAAUACUCCAGCAAUACCAUUUUACUACUGUCCACCUAUCUCUGCAUUUUACAUCGUUUUAUAAACUUAUUCAAGUUAUUGACAUGUGUUUCACAUAUGUUUGCAUUUAUUUUAUACCACCAAAGCAACAGUUUAUUUGUCUCUAUGUCAUUUUACACUUACUACAGUAGCUUUAAGACUAUUUAUACUGUCCAUACACAUCUAGUGUUUUAUGAAUGUCAAGUUCCUAAUAGCUUUAACAGUUAAACGUUUAUUUCUGUUGAUCUAUAACAUUAUAGAGGUAGGCGUACUAACAGUUCCACUAUACUAGUACAAGUAUGUAGUCAAGAUGUCACAAAUGUUAACUUUUCAAUAUGUAAUAUUUAACAAUUUUAUGGCACUGUUUCUGUUAACAUUGAUCUAACUUGCACAUACUGUUUAUCUUAUAGACAGAACACUCAAUUGUUAAACACUCAAUAUUCGGAUAGUAGUUAUAACUGUUAUACACAGAAUGUCAUUGUUCACAAAUGGUUACGUUACAUUCCUUCACCAAAAUCAAGAAUUUGAUGUUGAUUUUAAUGUUAAAAUGUUAUUAAAAUUUUUCAUUGAUUUCCAA